AGGAGAUAGCUGCAAUGUUCCUCCUGGAGGGGGCCUUUGAACAUCAGCUCGGUGUGUUGUCGGAAUCUCCUCCACGUGUCAGGCAAGUCGAGGGAAUCCCAGUCCAUCCUGGGCAUCGGAACACCAGCGGAGUCCAUCUUCUCAUCUGUGAACCCAGAAUACUCUUUAAAGUCAUCGAUCUGGAAGGAGGGUAUCUUUCUCACGGAUUUGAUGGAUGCUUGAUCGGUUGGUGAUGCCCAUUUAUAUCAUCGACCGCAAAUUUCCAGAGACACCUGGUGAGUUUCUACAGGCUGCCCCAGAGGGAGAGCAGACCAUGGCUGACAACAACACCCAGAAAAAGAAGCCCCGCUGGACGUCACUGGAGAUCGGUCUCCUGACAAUUGUAUCUCUAUUGUUUGUCAUUAUUGUGGCCCUAAUCAUUCUCUUCAUCACACAGAGUAGCAAAGAUGGAGUCUGUAUAACAGCUGACUGCACACAAUCAGCAUCCCGUCUUAUUGAGAACAUGGACCCCACGGUGAACCCCUGUGACAACUUCUAUCAGUACGCCUGUGGUGGCUGGCUAAAGAAGAACAUCAUACCUGAGACCAGUUCACGUUACAGUACCUUUGACAUCCUCAGAGAUGAACUGGAGGUGGUACUCAAAGGAGUGCUAGAGAGAGAAGAGAGUGGAAGCAGUAGCUCACUGACCAAAGCCAAGAUCCUCUAUAGGUCUUGCACCAAUGAGAGCCUCAUUGAACAGAGAGGUGGGGCACCUCUCCUCACAAUGCUGCCAGAUGUCUUUGAGUGGCCUAUAGCAACAGAUGAUUGGGACACCACCUACGGAAUGAAUUGGAGAGCAGAAGAUGCCAUAGCUAAACUUAAUGAGAAAUAUGGAAAGCAAGUCCUAAUUAGCUUUUUUAUUGGUACAGAUGACCGAGACUCCAAUGCACACAUCAUUCAUUUCGACCAGCCAAGUCUUGGCCUCUCCUCAAGGGACUACUAUGUGUGCACCGGGCCCUACGAGGAGGCCUGUGUGACAUAUGAAAACUUCAUGACUGACUUGGUGAAGCUUAUCCGAACUGACCGGGAUCUGAAAGUUAAUGACACUGAUAUCAGGCAAGAGGUUGCCCGGGUGAUGAUGAUGGAAAAGGAAAUUGCUAAUGCAACAGACACACCAGAGGACAGAAACAACCCGGUUCUGCUUUAUAACAAGGUGCCUCUGGAGACCCUAAACAACAACUUCACCCUGGACUUUGAUUCUAAGGUGUUUAACUGGACGCUCUUCACUAAUAAGAUCAUGGAUACAGUUGGUGUUCCUAUUACAGACAGUGAGGAGGUUAUUGUGUAUGCCCCGAAUUACUUUAAGAGGCUCAACCCUGUCCUUGCCAAGUACACAAAGAGGGACAUGCAGAACUACAUGGUGUGGCGUUUUGUUAUGAAUCUGGUGGUUGGUUUAAGCAGACAAUACAGGGAAACCAGAAAAGCUUUCAGAAAGGCUAUCUAUGGGACCACAUCUGAAGCAGCUAUUUGGAGACAGUGUGCCAUCUAUGUGAACAACAACAUGGAGAAUGCUGUGGGGAGAUUGUAUGUAGAGGAGGCCUUUGCUGGAGAUAGCAAAGACAUGAUGGAUGAGAUGAUCACUAACAUAAGAGAGGUAUUUGUGAGCAAUCUGGAAGAUCUAGCCUGGAUGGACGCUGAAACUAAGAAAGCUGCAGAGGAGAAGGCCCGAGCAAUCAGAGAAAGAAUUGGUUUCUCAGAAAAUAUCAUGAACAACACAUAUCUGGACCAGGAGUACCAAGAUUUAAGCUAUAAUGCAGAAAAAUACUUUGAGAACAUCCUGAAGAACUUGGAGUUUGGUCAGAAGAAACGCCUGAAGAAACUGCGUGUCAAAGUGAACAAAGAAGAGUGGAUCACAGGAGCUGCUGUGGUCAAUGCAUUUUACUCAUCUAGCAGAAACCAAAUAGUAUUUCCUGCAGGUAUUCUUCAGCCCCCAUUCUUUGGUAAAGGUCAGCCCUGGUCCCUGAACUAUGGAGGCAUUGGGAUGGUCAUUGGACAUGAGAUCACACAUGGCUUUGAUGACAAUGGACGUAAUUUUGAUAAAGAUGGUGACCUCAAAGACUGGUGGACUCCAUCUUCGACUCAGAAAUUCCAUGAGCUUUCCAAAUGCAUUGUAGACCAAUAUGGAAGCUACUCUUGGGAUUUGGCAAAUGGACAAAAUCUAAAUGGGAAUAAUACCCUUGGGGAGAACAUUGCUGACAACGGGGGCAUUCGCCAGUCUUAUCAAGCCUACCAGAACUAUGUGAAAAAACAUGGAAAAGAAGCUCCUCUGCCUGGAAUUGAUCUCAAUCAUGAGCAACUCUUUUUCCUUAACUUUGCACAGGUUUGGUGUGGAACACAUAGACCUGAGCAUGCUGUCAACUCCAUCAAAACUGAUGUCCACAGUCCAGGGAAGUUUAGAGUUCUUGGGUCAUUACAGAACUUUCCAGAGUUUGCCAAAGCCUUCCAGUGCCAUAAAAAUGACUACAUGGUGCCUGAGAAGAUUUGCAGGGUGUGGUGAUUAUUCAAGGAACAGAAGAUGAGGGUUAUAUUGAGGGCCUGUGGUCCAUAGACCCUCUCACCUCUCUGCUGACUCGUAGACCACUAUGGCAGAUGCUGAGAAAUACUGUAAGCUAUGGCCACUAUGCUCAACUCCACCAGUGUAUUUGAGCUAUAUACAGAGAGGGGGAGCUGUCUCAGUACACUCCUGCAAGCAACAACCACUCUAUUUGAUUACAGUUUGUGAGAUCAUUACUCAAUCCACGGCUCUUACUGUUUUAUACACUGUCAAAUCUAAAGUAAAGAUUAUAUAGAUACUGUAAAAAUGAUCACAUUAUGUUAAUAUCAAGUAAAACUGUGAAUUGGAGAUAACAAUAGCAUUAUGUAUAUUUGUAGCAAUACUAGUAUACAUUUACUGCUUAUACUGCCACUGGUGAAUCUGAGUAGAUUCAGUAGGUUAAACUUUAAAGCUACCCAAAUAUGCCAAGAAUAUUAUGUAUAGUACAAUGAGAUUUGAUAGAUAUUUCAGAGAAUAAGAAAAUUGUUAAACUCUGUAUUCCUUUGUUUGAAUAGCAAAUGAUCUAAUUUGUACACAGCACAUUGUAAAUUUAAAUAUGUAGAUUCAUUUGUAAUUUGUCAAUGAAUACAUUUUCCAUAGAAACUUGCAUAAUAUCAUAAACGAUUAACUGGGACAAUAUAAAUUGACAGUAAAUCAGACGCCAAAUGUUUGAUCUGAAAAUCUAAAACAUGAGAAGACGGAUAGACGCAUUAAAAUGCAAAGGUUUUAUUAUUUCAAUGUGUUUGGUGUGUGUUUGUGUUGUUUUUCUUCCUUCAUUGUGCUGGCCUUGACAUUUGCUUGUAUGAAUGGGUGUGCAUGUGGCAAACGAUCUCUAGUCUGUCAAGCAUCAUUGAAUUAAAGCCUUAAAAUGUUUAAUUCUAUUGUUUUCACCAUCUAUCAAUAUUUUCAUAUGAUGUAGAAGGCUAACUGAGUCAUACUGAGACCAAUCCAUGCACACAGUGUUAAUGCCAAAGAUUUUUACAAGUACCCUUGCUUUUUUUUUAAUCUAAAAAUAUUCUAUAUAUCUGAUAUAAUUGCUUCUGAAAUGCUGUUCCCAACAUAUACAUUACAUCCUCAUAAGCAAUGACACAAACUGCUAAAAUACUUUUUGUUUUUUCUGUUUCACAUUUUUGGAAAUGUAAAAGAUUAUAUGUGUAAUAUUGUUAGUGAUCAGAUUAGUAACUGUAUUUUACCUAAGCUGUAUAAGAUAUAUUUAUUUUUUGUGGGCAUUGGUAAACGCAAAGGAAUUUUGUCCGAAAGCUCCUCUGUUCUGUGUCAACAAAGACAUAAACAUCAACUGCUACUGUUUUUUUUCUCCUCUUCUUCUUCUUCUUCUUCUUUCUUUACAUUUUUGUUCUUUUCUGUCUAUUUGUUCCCUUAGGGUCUUUCUUCUAAGUAUGGUUUACCAUUUUACAUCUCUGGACACUGCUUCCCCCUCUCUGAUAAAAUACUGUUCACCAAAAUCCAUCUCAACCAAUCCACAGACAAAUAUACCUCAGAUGCCUGUAUUUAGAUACUUUGUAAUAAGCAUCUUCAGAAGAGAAAUAUGUUUUAUUAAUAAAUUAAUGUAAAAAUCUC